AAUCUUGCAGAGAAAUGGCUUUUCCUGAUUGAUUGAAUUCGCCCAUGUCAGAGCUAGCUCCUGACUGUCGAUCAUUGAAUGCAGACUUUUAAAAAUGUGUUGUUGCAACAUAUCUAUUGUCACAAUAAAGAUAGGAUCAACUCUCCAUUAACAAAGACCGUAGACACAUUCUUAAUAUCCGGUCUUACAAUGAUCCAAGAAAACAAUGGGAGACAUGCAUAGGACAAGGUGAUUUAAUAUCUUAGACUGUCAUCUCCUCAAUUUGUUCCAGUGAACCGAAAAGAGCUGUGUACUUUUUACAUGUAAGGAUUGGGCAAAUUUAUUCUGCGAUGACACCGGGUGUAUUAGACUGCUAAAACAGCAUUUUUCAUUUCAGUAUCAUGAAUAACUACUGGAUUAUAAUAAGGAGGCUCGUGGUGAAUUUUACAUAACACUUGUAUAUUCAAAUGGAAGCGAAAAGGUCACAAAGCAGCCGAGGUAGAGUGAAAUCUGCCACCACAAAUCGUAGGCGUCCACUGAAAAUGGGGAAAAGUAAACCGACGAAUGGCCCAACAAAAAUGACGAUUAACCAGGACCCCUUAGCAGUGCCCCAGCCUCAUGUACCAGAAAGACAAAACCUGAUAUCACAGUCCAGAUCAACAGACAUGGUAAUCAACUCCCCUCCAAACGACUACCUUCAAAGACUUCUGAAAGAAAAACCCGACAUGCCCCCUAUUACCAGGGACUUCUUUGAUCUAAUGGUGGAGCGUCAGUAUAGUCAAAUUAAAAAGAUGCUGAAAGAAGGCAAAGUGGACGUGAACUCUCGUGAUACGGACAAUCAUUUUCUUCCCACCCCGUUACUCAUAGCAACCGAACUCAACGACGUAGAACUUGUGAAGUUACUACUGAAAGCCAAACCAAAACCAGCCAAUGUUAAUGAUGAAAACAUCAAAGGAAGGAGACCCAUUUGGUGGGCAGCUAGAUGGGCAAAUGAAGAGAUGACAGACCUACUGCUAAACUGCAGUAAACAGAAAUGUGAAGUCAACUUCAUUGACAAAGAAUCAGGAUGUGCUCCCCUUUACAGAGCCAUUUUGUCUGAUGCUGCUAAAAUAGUUCAGCUUUUGAUUCAUGCUGGGGCAGACAUCAAUCUUAGAAUUCUAGGACUGGAUGUUGGUGCUGAGACCCCCCUAAUCAAAGCAAUUCAAAAAGACAACAAAGAAAUAUGCGAGUUGCUCAUAAAUUCCUUGUGCAAACUACAAGCUAAAACUACAAGUGGACUAAAUGCCCUCCACUAUGCAGUAGGAUACCGUAGGUACGAAAUUUGUGAACUGCUGCUGGAAAACGGGAUUAAAAUCAAUUCUAAAACACCGUCUGGAGUGACGGCCAUGACUGUUGCUGUGGAGCAGCAGGUUCCCGCCAUGGUGAAGUUACUUCUGGAGUAUGGAUACCGCAUUGACAAAAGGUACAGGUGGAAGGAGACGCCACUCCAGCAUGCCAUCAAAAUUCAUUCGGGCGAAUGUGCAGUGACUUUGAUGCACUAUGGCUGCAGCCUGGUUCCGGAAGGAAAGUUGAAAGGACAUUCAUAUUUUGCAAUGGCUGUGAAUGAAAAGCAAAUGAAGGUAGUCAAAUUCAUGGUCGCUUUGAGGCCAACAUUUCUUAACGAGAAAUGGCUGCAGCGAAAAAAGUGGCCAGUUUCUAUUUAUAGAAGGCCUGAUAUAAUUGAGUGGUUAGAAAAAGAAUCUCGGCAUGUGCAAUCUUUAAAGGAACUCUGUCGUGGUCGUAUAUUUCAUUAUCUGGGUAAAUUUGGGUUAAAAAAAAUUGACAGUCUUGCAUUACCAGAGCCUAUGAAAGAAUACCUUAAAUACAAUGAAUUUAUCAAAGACAAAUACUAUGUACGCAAAAAAUUAGAUUUAAAGUGCUGUCCAUUUGAGUGUCCAUCGUAUUGUGCCAACAAACGCUGCUUACCGAUAGAGAUAUCUUCCUCAGAGGAUGACAGCGAAGCUAGCUCAGGCGAAGAGGAACUCCGAGAUGAAGGAAGAUACUGUAAAAUCUGUAUGAUAAAACACCCCGUUGACAUGACUGAUAACCUCCACCACCAACCCAUUGGUUUCAGCAGCAGGAAGUGACAUCACAGAGACACACUGUUAGCCCAUAUCUUUCCAUAAAUGAUAUUUCAUCAUUAUGAUUUAAGUGAAUGCAAUUUGAUUGCACAUAUGUUUAUUAUAAUUUUCAUAAAGUUGCCACAUGUUAAACUACAGUGCAAUAUGCUUGUUACUUCUGUAGUUGCUAAGUCUGUUACAUUUAUUUUUUUUGAGAUCUCUACAACACUUUAACAGUGUUAUUUUUUUUAAAAGAAUGUGUUAAUAUUACCUGGUAAAAAAAUCAAACAUUAAUUGAAUUAGCAAAGUUUAAUAUUCUUGUUUUGACAUUUUCAGAAAUUGUUCUCCUCAGUCAUAUAUCCAAGUACAUUAUAACAUAAUGUAAUGUCAUUGUCAAAACUGCUCAAUGUUGAUUUAACAAUAAAAAUAUGAAGAUUAAA